GGAACGAUGAAGGGAUACAACGCGAGUUUAGCCGGUGGGUGGCUGUGGGUGGUCCUGGCGGGGGCGCUCUGUGCGCUGCUACUACUGCUGACGGCCACCCCGGUCGAGGGGCGCGAGGCGAAGGGCGGCUACGAGGUGUACAAGCAGCGCCACCAGCGCCAGCAGCAGGAACGCCAGCAGAUGCAGUUGCGCCAGCAGCGCGAAGAAAAGAACUCCGAGUUCGUGAAGGGAAAAAUAUGCAUCGGUACGAACGGACGCAUGUCGGUGCCGUCGAACCGCGAGUACCACUACAAGAAUCUGCGCGAUCGCUACACCAACUGUACGUACGUGGAUGGCAACCUGGAGAUCACCUGGAUCCAGAAUGGGAGCAACGACAUCAGCUUUCUGCAGCACAUUCGCGAGGUGACCGGGUACGUGCUGAUCAGCCACGUCGACAUCCCGCAGGUGAUCCUGCCGCGGCUUCAGAUUAUCCGCGGGCGAACGAUGUUCAAGCUGAACAAAUGGGACGACGAGUUCGGACUGUUCGUGUCCUUCUCGCAGAUGAACACGCUCGAGCUGCCGGCGUUGCGUGACAUCCUUAGCGGCUCGGCGGGGAUCUUCAACAACUACAACCUGUGCCACGUGAAGACGAUCAACUGGGAUGAGAUACUGUCGGAUCCGCAGGGUAACAUACGAUACACGUUUAACUUCACAUCACCGGAGCGGGAGUGUCCGCCGUGCCAUCACUCGUGUGAGGCGGGUUGCUGGGGCGAAGGUGCCCACAACUGUCAGAAGUUCAGCAAGCUCAACUGUUCGCCUCAGUGCUCGCAGGGUCGCUGCUUUGGGUCGAAGCCGCGCGAGUGUUGCCAUCUGUUCUGCGCCGGUGGUUGUACCGGUCCGACCCAACAGGAUUGUCUGGCGUGCAAGAACUUCUACGAUGACGGUGUGUGUAAGCAGGAGUGUCCUCCGAUGCAGAUCUAUAACCCAACAAACUACCUCUGGGAACCGAAUCCCGAUGGCAAGUAUGCGUACGGUGCGACUUGUGUUCGAAACUGUCCGGAACAUCUACUGCGUGAUAACGGAGCCUGCGUUCGAACCUGUCCACCGAACAAGAUGCCACAGAACGGAGAAUGUGUACCAUGCAAUGGAGCCUGUCCGAAAACAUGUCCCGGCGAGGGCGUGGUGCAUUCGGACAACAUCGGCAAGUACAAAGACUGCACCAUCAUCGAGGGUUCGCUGGAGAUCCUCGAUCAGACGUUCGCCGGCUAUCAGCAGGUGUUUGCGAACUUCUCGUUCGGACCGCGAUACAUCAAGAUCCACCCGGACCGGUUGGAAGUGUUCUCCACCGUCAAGGAGAUUACCGGAUACAUCAACAUCCAGGGUGAUCAUCCAGAAUUUACCAACCUUUCGUACUUCCGCAACCUAGAGGUGGUCGGUGGCCGUCAGCUGAAGGAGAACUUUUUUGCCUCGGUGUACAUCGUAAAGACAUCCCUGAGAUCGUUGGAGUUGAAGUCACUGAAACGGGUGAACUCGGGGUCGAUCGUGAUAUUGGAGAACAGCAACCUAUGCUUUGCGGAUGAGAUCGAUUGGAGUAAAGUCAAGAAAAGCACUGACCAUGAAACGAUGAUCCACAAGAAUCGGAACUCUACCGAGUGUCAUGCUGCGGGAAUGCAAUGUUCCGAGCAGUGCACCAGCGCCGGAUGUUGGGGCAAAGGCCUGGAGCAAUGUUUGGAGUGUAAGAACUUUAUCUACGAGGGCAAGUGUUUGGAUAGCUGCAAGAGUUUACCAAGGAUAUACCAAGUGAACUCUAAAACCUGCGAAGACUGCCAUCCAGAGUGCAAAGACUUCUGCUUCGGUCCAGCUCCGGACAAUUGUGGCUCGUGCGUAAACGUAAAGGAUGGACGGUUCUGUGUGUCGGAGUGUCCGAUCAUGAAGUACGCGCUGAACGGAACGUGUGUCAACUGCCACAAGACUUGCGUUGGAUGCCGUGGUCCGAGGGAUACUAUCGCUCCCGAUGGUUGUAUAUCGUGUGAGAGGGCAAUCAUUGGCAGCGAUGCGACCAUUGAACGGUGUCUGAUGAAGGAUGAACCUUGUCCAGAUGGUUACUACAGUGAUUACGUCCAAACGGAGGAGGGUCCUUUGAAGCAACUGACCGGGAAGGCCGUAUGCCGCAAGUGUCACCCUCGGUGCAGAAAGUGCACCGGCUACGGGUUCCACGAGCAGUUCUGCCAGGAAUGUGCCGGCUACAAGAGUGGUGAACAGUGCGCCGACGAGUGUCCCUUCGAGCACUACGCAAACGAAGAAACACGCGUGUGCCACCCGUGUCACAAGGAGUGUCGUGGAUGCCACGGCAUCGGUCCAGAUCAGUGCGAUGACUGCCGCAAUCUGAAACUCUUCGAUGGUGAUCCGUACGAUAACUCGACGGCGUUCAACUGCACCUCGGUUUGUCCACCGUCGCAUCCGUACAAGCGAUACCCACAGGAGGCUGGCAAUCCAUUCUGCUCAGCGGAGCCACCGCAAACUGGACAACGACUGGAGGCACAAACGCAGAUCCGUGUGCUGAUCUACGGAGGGUUCGUGACUGUGGUCGUGAUCGUGCUGGUGAUCCUUUAUGUGCUGUUCAGUCGACAGAAGAACAAGAAGGAAGCGGUUAAGAUGACGAUGGCGCUGGCUGGCUGUGAGGACUCGGAACCGUUGCGACCGUCUAAUGUCGGUCCGAAUCUAACGAAGCUGCGUAUCAUCAAGGAGGCAGAGAUUCGUCGUGGUGGUGUGCUGGGAAUGGGUGCUUUCGGACGUGUGUUCAAGGGCGUCUGGAUGCCGGAAGGCGAGAGCGUGAAGAUCCCAGUCGCGAUCAAGGUACUGAUGGAGAUGUCUGGAUCGGAGUCGAGCAAGGAGUUCCUCGAGGAGGCGUACAUCAUGGCUUCGGUGGAACAUCCGAACUUAUUGAAGCUUCUGGCCGUGUGCAUGACCUCGCAGAUGAUGCUGAUCACGCAACUGAUGCCUCUCGGAUGUCUGCUGGACUACGUACGUAACAACCGGGACAAGAUUGGCUCGAAGGCGCUACUCAACUGGUCGACACAGAUUGCUCGUGGUAUGGCGUAUUUAGAGGAACGUCGGUUGGUACAUCGAGAUUUGGCCGCGCGAAACGUGCUGGUUCAAACUCCUUCGUGCGUGAAGAUCACGGACUUUGGUCUGGCUAAGCUGUUGGAUUAUGACUCGGACGAAUAUCGUGCGGCCGGUGGCAAGAUGCCUAUCAAAUGGCUCGCGCUGGAGUGCAUCAGACAUCGGGUGUUUACGAGCAAGAGUGAUGUCUGGGCCUUCGGUAUUACUAUUUGGGAGUUGCUGACGUACGGAGCGCGCCCUUACGAAAAUGUGCCAGCAAAGGACGUACCGGAGUUGAUCGAAAUCGGUCACAAGCUUCCGCAGCCGGACAUCUGUUCGCUCGAUGUGUACUGCAUCCUUCUUUCCUGUUGGGUGCUGGACGCAGACGCCCGACCCACCUUCAAGCAGCUGGCGGAAACAUUCGCUGAGAAAGCUCGCGAUCCGGGUCGCUACCUGAUGAUCCCGGGCGACAAAUUUAUGCGCUUACCUUCGUACACCAACCAGGACGAGAAGGAUCUCAUUCGUACGCUGGCGCCGGUCGCGAUGGCCACCGCGGCAGCGGCGGCGGCAGCUGGGGCUUCCAGCGUCGACGUACCGAGCACGAUCGCCGAGGCGGAUGAAUACCUGCAGCCAAAGACACGUCCUUCCAUCAUGCUGCCCGGACCGUCGGCCGUUGUCGAACCGUCGGAUGAGAUGCCAAAGUCGCUUCGCUACUGCAAGGACCCUCUGAAGACGGACGACGAGACGGACGGCAACGGGAAGGAGGUUGGGGUAGGGGGCAUCCGACUGAAUUUACCGCUGGACGAGGACGACUACCUGAUGCCCACUUGCCAAAGCCAGGCCCAGUCCACACCGGGCUACAUGGACCUGAUCGGUGUGCCUGCCAGUGUCGACAAUCCCGAGUACCUGAUGGGGUCGGCUCAGGCGAUCCAUGGUGUGCCCGGGAUGGGCCCACCGCACACACCCCCACCUAAUUCUCCUUCCGCCAACCAGCAGACACAGCAAAUCCAAACGCAACCCAUCCAGCAGCCGCUGCAAGUCCUCCAACAGCAGCACCAUCAAUAUCAACAGCAACUCCAACACCAACAGCAUCAACAGCAGCAGCACCACAACCACCACCAUCACCACCAACACCAACCUUCCCAAUCGUCACACCAUUCGUCCUCCUCCAGCAACAUCAUCCCCGGUGGCCAUCUCCCGAACGGAAGCAAUGGAUCAUCCAUCAGUCACACGCCUUCGCUGAGUAACGCAAGCAGCAUCGGGCUGAAGAAUCCGGAGGCGAUCAUGCAGUUGCAGCAGCAACAACAACAACAGCAGCAGCAACAGCAACAACAAGGACCUCCCACGCAAACGAUCGGCAUCCCACUCUCCCCGACGGAAACCGAGGCCACCUCCUCCGAGCACGAGUACUACAACGAUCUGCAGCGGGAGUUGAUUCCGCUGCAUCGCAACGAAACGACUGUCUGA